AUGGCAGUGAAGGCCCAGAUCUGUCCGAAGCGUUGUGUCUGUCAAAUACUAUCUCCCAACCUUGCAACCCUCUGUGCCAAAAAAGGGCUCCUCUUCGUCCCCCCGAACAUUGACAGGCACACCGUGGAGCUACGGCUGGCAGACAACUUCGUCACCAGCAUCAAGAGGAAAGACUUUGCCAACAUGACCAGGUUGCAGGACCUCACCCUGUCAAGGAAUACCAUUAGCUUCAUCACGCCACACGCGUUCGCUGACCUGGAGAACCUCCGUGCCUUGCACGUGAACAGCAACCGUCUGACCCGUAUAGCCAACGACACCUUUAGCGGCAUGUCCAAGCUGCACCACCUGAUCCUCAACAACAACCAGCUGACGUUGAUCCACCUGGGGGCUUUCAAUGACCUGCUGGCUCUGGAGGAGCUGGACCUGUCCUACAACAACUUGGAGUCCAUCCCCUGGGAGGCUAUCCAGAGGAUGACGAGCCUCCACACCCUCAGCCUGGACCACAACAUGAUCGACUACAUUCCUGAGGAGACCUUUUCUCUUCUCCAAAAGCUAAACCGCUUGGACGUAACCUCAAAUAAGCUACAGAAGCUUCCUCCAGAUCCUCUGUUCCAGCGGGCCCAGGUUUUGGCCACGUCUGGGAUCAUGAACCCUUCCUCAUUCGCACUGAGCUUCGGCGGGAACCCACUGCACUGCAACUGUGAGCUGCUGUGGUUGAGGCGCCUGAGCCGAGAGGAUGAUCUGGAGACAUGCGCAUCGCCGCAGCACCUCUCUGGACGCUAUUUCUGGUCCAUCCCGGAGGAGGAGUUCCUGUGUGAACCUCCUCUCAUCACCCGGUACUCCCACGAGAUGCGGGUGCUGGAGGGCCAGAGGGUGGCCCUGAGGUGCAAGGCCAGGGGGGACCCUGAGCCUGCCAUACACUGGAUCUCCCCAGAGGGGAAGCUGGUGUCGAACUCCUCCCGGACGUUGGUCUACACCAAUGGCACCCUGGACAUUCUGAUCAGCACUGUGAAGGACACAGGAUCCUUCACCUGCAUCUCGUCCAACCCGGCGGGUGAGGCACAUCAGACUGUGGAGCUGCUGAUUAUCAAACUCCCACACAUCUCCAACAGCACCAACAACAUCCAGGAGCCUGACCCUGGCUCCUCUGACAUCUCCACGUCAACCAGGGCUGGGGCCAAUGGCAGCAACCACACUGGGGACACCAAAACCAGCCCAGAUAAGAGGGUGGUCAUCGCUGAGGCCACAUCCUCCACUGCGCUCAUUAAGUUCAACUUCCAGAGGAAUAUACCUGGGAUCCGCAUGUUCCAGAUUCAGUACAAUGGCAGUUAUGAUGACUCUCUUGUUUACAGGUAGGUUCCAUUCAAUCCCCUCUAAUUAUUUGUGUAUGAUUUGUGUAUGAAAUGUGUGGUGAAAUGCAUAAUGGCCCUAAUGGAUUUAAUUUCAAUCAUCAAGUGCACUUAUAGUUUAGGUUCAGAGAUGUUUUGCAGGUUUUUUUUUAUUUUAUGUUUUGUAUGGAGAUUCAUCUAUGGAUCAUUUUUGAUGGAGAUUAAUCUCAAUCACGUUCACACACUAUGCAAACCCUAAAUUAUGUUUUAUAGGCUUUCAACCACUUGUUUGUAAAAUCAAUGAUGGUGACCACCCUAACUAAGCAAAGGCAAUAAACUAAACAACCAAAUCAAGUUUCAAUUGCAAAGCAAUUACAGUAGCCACAAAAUGAGAUUUGAAAGCUGUUUAGCUAGUAGCUGAUUCUAAAUUGUGAAGCGAUUCUAUUUGUACAACAUUAUUUACAAAAACAAAAGGAUAAUUUAUCUAAAAUCCCAAUGUUAUUACAUUUGUUUUUUAGAUCAUCUGUAAUCCUUGAAAACUCAUUAGUAAAACCCCCGCAAAGCAAAAACCCCAAAUGGACUCAGCAGGCGGGCCGUGUGACAGAGGGAUCAAAGAAAGACAGUCAUGAUCUCAUAUAGAUUAAGAUGAGCUGAACUCUGCAUUGUGAAGCAGCAGAACAUAACCGCCGUGUAUUCUCUGUGAUGUGAAUAGGAGGUUAUUGGAUUUCGACGAGGUCGUCAGUGAAAUGGCCCAUUUUAGUCAGAUCCACACAAACUAAUUCAGUCUGAACUACAAUUAACUGGCACUGUAAUGGGCAUAUAAAUUGAUUCGGUCUCAAUAACAAACAAUUAGCUGGAACUCCAAUGGGCAGGAGCAAACGGUAUUUGGUUCAUUAACAAAUACUGUACAUCUGUCACUUUUUUGUGUUGAUCUAAUAGGGAAGGAUCAAUCCCUUUGCUUUCAUUGCCUGUAGAUGCAUGAAUGGAAAUCAAUACUUCAUCAGAGGAACAUGUAAUGUGUGUAAUGGCUGUCAACAGCAUCUAUCCUCAGAGAGCAGGGAACACCAGGCUUGUUUUGAAAGGGUUUCUAACAUUAGCUUAUCCAUUGAUUAAUCAGAACAGUAUUACAAUUUAUUUUACCACAUAGGUUGACUGAGAACACAUUCUCAUUUACAGCAAUGACCUGGGGAAUAGUUACAGGGGUGAGGGAAUGAAUGUGCCAAUUGGAAGCAGGGGAUGAUUAGGUGGCCAUGAUGGUAUGAGGGCCAGAUUGGGAAUUUAGCCAGGCCACUGGGGUUAACACCCCUACUCUUAAAAUAAGUGGCAUGGGAACUUUAGUGACCACAGAGCGUCAGGAAAUACAGCACCCUACACAGAGUUCCCAAUCACUGCCCUGUGGCAAUGGGAUAUUUUUUUAGACCAGAGGAAAGAGUGCCUCCUACUGGCCCUCCAACACAACUUUUAGCAGCAUCUGGUCUCCCAUCCAGGGACCAACCAGGAUCAACCCUGCUUAGCUUCAGAGGUAAGCCAGCAGUGGAAUGCAGGGUGGUAUGCUGCUGGCACGCUAAUAAAACAUUGUGUUUUAAAAGCUUCACACGUCUAAAAAAGCCUCAAUAUUCCCUCCUAUAAGAACAGUGUUUGUGUUGAUAUUGAGGAUCACCAUAGGUCUCUGGAGUACCUUGACCUUUUGAAUAGCAUAUCUCCUGUCAAUAUCUCCUACAAUCACAGGCCUUUUCGGUUUUACUGUAGUGUUUUCCAUUGUUAUUUCACCCCCACACAUUUCCCUUUCAACAUUAUUCAUUAAUUAAAAAAUCUGGGCAUCAAACAAAUUGUGCGACAAGUUUUAUGUGCACACAAAUCAGGAGAAUGAACCUCUUUUAAAGCACUCCAACUAGGGCACAGGUAAUACCUGGCUCAGAUCUGCUUAAGGUAUAAAAUAAACCGCUUUAUUCAAAUGAUAUGGUCCCAAUUUCCAUUGUACUGUAUGUCCAAUAAACACACUCAGGCUAACAACAAUAUUGUUGACAUUUUAUGUCAUCUGUCUCUCACGUGAUUGUAAAUGGUUUCAAACUAAAAUAAUACAAAUAUUCCAUUAGAUUUCGAUGACAUGGCUGGAUGGAGCUGUGCUGUGCUAUUUUCCACUGUGCCAUGGCCUUCAAAACUAUUAGUAAGGCACUUUGCCAUAUGCCUGUUGGUGGAUGUCAGGGAGGUCAACCUGAACGUGAAGUCACCCUGCAUGAAGUUAUCUUGGUUUGAGACCCUCAGGCUCAGUAAAUGUUAAUGGUAAAUAAAUCAGUAGAAGUGUUGUUUACUUUUUGGGCGCUGUUGUUUUUAUCUUUUACAUUUUAAGAGUUUUACGCAGUCAUUUUCUUGACAAUGUACACUGAGUAUACCAAACAUUAAGAACACCUUCCUAAUAUUGAGUGUCAACCCCCCUUCCCCUUUUGCCCUCAGAACAGACUCAAUUCGUUGGGGCAUGGGCUCUACAAGGUGUCGAAAGCAUUCAACAGGGAUGCUGGCCCAUGUUGACUCCAAUGCUUCCCACAGUUUUGUCAAGUUGUCUGGAUGUCCUUUGGCUGGUGGACCAUUCUUGAUACACACAGAAAACUGUUGAACAUGAAAAACCCAGCAGCGUUGCAGUUCUUGACACAAACCGGUGCGCCUGGCACCUACUACCAUACCCCGUUCAAAGGCACUUAAAUAUUUUGUCUCGCCCAUUCACCCUCUGAAUGGCACACAUACACAAUACAUGUCUCAAUUGUCUAAAGGCUUGAAAAUCCUUCUUUAACCUGUCUCCUCCCCUUCAUCUACACUGAUUGAAGUGGAUUUAACAAGUGACAUCAAUAAGGGAUGAUAGCUUUCACCUGGUUAGUCUAUGUCAUGGAAGGAGCAGGUGUUAACGUUUUGUAUAAUAAGUAUAUAGUACUGUACACUGGUAGAGAGCCACAUCAUGUGUCUGCUAUGGUCUAAGUUUUCUGCAUGAUAUGAUUCAAUUAAUUUAAUUGCUUUGGCAAUGCAAUCAGUCCCAUAUGGGUUUGAGUGUCGCAAAAUAAUAAUCAACAAAGAAAAAGGAUACAGUAGUUACUGGUAUUCUGUAUUUAUAUUUGUAUUUAUUAGGGAACCGCAUUAGCUCUUCCUGGGGUCCAAACACAUUAAAGCACUUACAUUACAUAUAAAACAAAAUAUAAAACAGUCCAUCAUAUGACAUUAUUACACCACUACUGCUUGCAUCAGUUACCUGAUGUGGAAUAGAGUUCCAUGUAGUCAUGGCUCUAUGUAGUACUGUGCACCUCCCAUAGUCUGUUCUGGACUUGGGGACUGUGAAGAGACCUCUGGAGGCAUGUCUUGUGGGGUAUGCAUGGGUUUCCAAGCUGUGUGAUAGUAGUUUAAACAGACAGCUCGGUACAUUCAGCUUGUCAACACCUCUUACAAAAACAAGCAGUGAUGAAGUCAAUCUCUCUUCCACUCUGAGCCAGGAGAGACUGACAUGCAUGUCAUUAAUGUGAGCUCUCCGUGUACUUUUAAGGGCCAGCCGUGCUGCCCUGUUCUGAGCCAACUGCAAUUUUCCCAAGUCCCUCUUUGUGGCAUCUGACCACACGACUGAACAGUAGUCUAGGUGCGACAAAACUAGGGCCUGUAGGACCUGCCUUGUUGAUAGUGUUGUUAAGAAGGCAGAGCAGCGCUUAAUUAUGGACAUACUUCUCCCCAUCUUAGCUACUGUUGUAUCAAUAUGCUUUGACCAUGACAGUCUACAAUCCAAGGUUACUCCAAGCAGUUUAGUCUCCUCAACUUGCUAAAUUUCCACAUUAUUCAUUAUGAGAUGUAGUUGAGGUUUAGGGUUUAGUGAAUGAUUUGACCCAAAUACAAUUAUUUUAGUUUUGGAAAUAUUCAGGAAUAACUUAUUCCUUGCCACCCAUUCCGAAACUAACUGCAACUCUUUGUUAAGUUUUGCAGUUAUUUCAGUUGCUGUAGUAGCUGACGUGUAUAGUGUUGAGUCAUCCGCAUACAUAGACACACUGGCUUUACUCAAAGCCAGUGGCAUGUCGUUAGUAAAGACAGAAAAAGCAAGGGGCCUAGACAGCUUUCCAUCCAAGUUGUCAGACCCCAGUGGCUUGUCAUUGUUAAUAGACAACAAUAAUUUUUUUCAACUCUUCCACACUCACUUUACAGAAUUCAAAAUUACAAUGCUUGUCUUUCCUAAUUUGGUCAGAUAUACUUGGAUGUGUAGUGUCAGCAAUUGUUGCUGGCAUGUCAUGCCUAAGUUUGCUAAUCUUGCCAAUUAAAAAUAUAUUAAAGUAGUUGGCAAUAUCAGUUGGUUUUGUGAUGAAUGAGCCAUCUGAUUAAAUGAAUGAUGGAGCUGAGUUUGCCUUUUUUUCCAAAAUUUCAUUUAAUGUGCUCCAAAGCUUUUUACUAUCAUUCUUUAUGUCAUUUAUCCUUGUUUUAUAGUGUUGUUUUUUCUUCUUUGUAUUCAGUUUUGUCAUAUGAUUUCUCAAUUUGCAAUACGUUUGCCAAUCGGUUGUGCAGCCACACUUAUUUGCCAUUCCUUUUGCCUCAUCCCUCUCAACCAUACAAUUUUUCAAUUCCUCAUCAAUCCAUAGGGAUUUAACAGUUUUUACAGUCAUUUUCUUAAUGGGUGCAUGCUUAUUGGUAACUGGAAUAAGCAAUUUCAUAAAUGUGUCUAGUGCAGUGUCUGUUUUCUCCUCAUUACACACCACGGACCAACAUUUAUUAUUUACAUCAACAACAUAGGAAUCACUACAAAAAUUAUUGUAUGACCUCUUAUACACAAUAUUACGCCCAGCCUUUGGAACUUUGGUUUUCCUAGAUAUGGCUACUAUAUUGUGAUCACUACAUCCAAUGGAUUUGGAUACUGCUUUCAAACAAAUCUCUGCAGCAUUAGUAAAGAUAUGGUCAAUACAUGUUGAUGAUUUAAUUCCUGUACUGUUUGUAACCACCCUGGUAGAUUGACUGAUAACCUGAACCAGGUUGCAGGCACUGGUUACAGUUUGAAGCUUUCUCUUGAGUGGGCAGCCUGAUGAAAGCCAGUCAAUAUUUAAAUCACCCAGAAAGUAUACCUCUCUAUUGAUAUCACAUACUUAUCAAGCAUUUCAUACAUGUUAUCCAGAAACUGACUGUUAGCACUUGGUGGUCUAUAGCAGCUUCCCACCAGAAUUGGCUUUAAGUGAGGCAGAUUAACCUGUAGCCAUAUUACUUCAACAGUAUUUAACAUGAAAUCCUCUCUAAUCUUCACAGGAAUGUGGUUCUGAAUAUAAACAGCAACACCUCCACCAUUGGCAUUUCUAUAUUUUCUGUAAAUAUUAUAACCUUGUAUUGCUACCAAUGUAUCAUCAAAGGUAUUAUCUAAGUGAGUUUCAGAGAGUGUCAGAAUAUGAAUGUCAUCUGUUACUAGCAAAUUAUUGAUAUCAUUAACCUUGUUUCUUAAGCUACAUAUGUCAAAUGCUCGUAGGCACAUGAUCACUGCACACAACAGCUGCAGGUUCAGCAGAGGCACCCAGGGCAGCUAGAGGGACACAAACCAGGUUACCCACAUUGUGUCUACCGACACCCCUGAUGUAAUGUAUAUUUGCUGAAGCAUUUUGACAACUCUGCGUCACAAUGGUAGGGAUUAGCUGAGCUGGGCUUGGGUCAUCGCUAAGUUAUUAUCUCAACGCAGCCUUAUAAUGCUGUGAAAGGAUCCAGGAACCCAAAUGAUUUGGGUGGAUCCCAUCCUCCUUAUAAAACGUGUUUUGUUUCCAAAAGGUAUCAAAAUUGUCAACAGAAGUUACAGUCAUUGAGCUACAAUAAUCAGCCAGUUGUGAAGAGCAAGAAUCCUGCUAAAGCGUUCAAUGCCACGAUUCAGAGAGGGCACAGGGCCAGAUAUGAUGGGUUUUUUGUUAGUGUCUAGCAGAGAGUCAAUCAGCUCUUUAAAAUCCAGUUUCAACUGUUCAGAGCUGCCCUUCAUAAUGUCAUUAAAACCCACAUGGACUACGAUAGAAUCGAUUUCCAUGUCCUGACGUAGUACUAUCGGGAGCAGCUUAGUAAUGUCAUUUACUCGAGCUCCGGGAUAGGACAUUGUUUUUGCACCAGGAACGGUCACAUUUCUUACCAUGGAGCUGCCCAAAAUCAAGGCUGGCGAGAAGGAUGAGGAAAUCUGCCCACUCCCACGCUUCACAGGAUGCAGGCCUCCGACAGAUGGAGAAUCCCUGCUUGAUCCAGAGCAGGGACGGAAUGUUGCCGACGUCGACUUCGAAAUCGUAGUAGUAGGCACUGCGGCCGCAGACACAGGCACCCCAAGCGACGAAGGUGCAGGAAGAUCAGGCUCCAGGACGGCGAAACUAUUAGUUGUUUGUAUCCGCUCCAGGCCUCUUGUUGGGAGUGUAGACUGCUUUGCGGGAGGUCGCUGUCUUCGGCUUCCACGGCUCAUGACAUGCGACCAUCGUUGAUUGUCCCGAAACAAAGCAUAAUAGAUACAACUCCUACAGCGCUGGAACCGUUCAUUUAGUUCUCCAGACAAAGAGGGCUCCAUUGCUAAACUCAUCUGGUACCAACUUCGUAAGCUUGAUGGCUAGCAGCUUAGCGUUUCUAAGCUUUGGGCUUAGUUAAGAUACACUAUAUAUACAAAAGUAUGUGGACACCCCUUCAAAUUAGUGGAUUUGGCUAUUUCAGCCACACCCGUUGCUGACAGGUAUAAAAUCAAGCACGCAGCCAUGCAAUCUCCAUAGACAGACAUUGGCAGUAGAAUGGCCUUACUUAAGAGCUCAGUUUCAACGUGGCACCGUCAUAGGAUGCCAACUUUCCAACAAGUCUGUUUGUCAAAUUUCUGCCCUGCUAGAGCUGCCCCGGUCAACUGUAAGUGCUGUUAUUGUGAAGUGGAAACGUCUAGGAGCAACAACGGCUCAGCCGCGAAGUGGUAGGCCACACAAGCUCACAGAACGGGACCACCGAGUGUAGAAGUGCGUAGCGCGAAAAAAACGUCUGUCCUCAGUUGCAACACUCACUACUGAGUUCCUAACUGCCUCUGGAAGCAACGUCAGCACAUUAACUGUUCGUAGGGAGCUUCAUGAAAUUAGUUUCAUUGGCUGAGCAGCAAGACACAAACCUAAGAUCACCAUGCGCAAUGCCAAGCCUCGGCUGGAGUGGUGUAAAGGUUACCGCCAUUGGACUCUGCAUCAGUGGAAAUGUGUUGUCUGGAGUGAUAAAUCAUGCUUCACCAUUUUGCAGUCCGACGGACAAAUCUGGUUUUGGCGGAGGCCAGGGAAACGCUACCUGCCCCAAUGCAUAUUGCCAACUGUAAAGCUUGGUGGAGGAGUAAUAAUGGUCUGAGGCUGUUUUUCAUGGUUUGGGCUAGGUCCCUUAGUUCCAGUGAAGGGAAACCUUAGAUGUAGAUAAUUAUGUGCUUCCAACUUUGUGGCAACAGUUUGGAGAAGGCCCUUUCCUGUUUGAGCAUGACAAUGCCCCGGUGCACAAAGAGAGGUCCAUACAGAAAUGGUUUGUUGAGAUUGGUGUGGAAGAACUUGACUGGCCUGCACAGAGCCCUGACCUCAACCCCAUCGAACACCUUUGGGAUGAAUUGGAACACUGACUGCGAGCCAGGCCUAAUUGCCCAACAUCAGUGCCCGACCUCACUAAUGCUCUUUUGGCUGAAUGGAAGCAAGUCCCCACAGCAAUGUUCCAAUAUCUAGUAGAAAGCCUUCCCAGAAGGGUGGAGGCUGAUGUAGUAGCAAAGGGGGGACCAACUCCAUAUUAAUGCGAUGUUCGACGAGCAGGUGUCCACAUACGUUUGGUCAUGUAGUGUACUCUUUGAAGAGGUAGGGUUUCAGAUGUUUUCGGAAGAUGGGCAGGGACUCUGCUGUCCUAGUUUCAGGGGCACCAUUGGGGUGCCAGGACAGAGAAGAGCUUUGACUGUGCUGAGCGGGAGCUGCCCUUUCUGUAGGGGUGGGAGGGCCAAGAGACCAGAGGUGGCAGAACGGAGUAUUCAGGUUGGGGUGUAGGGUUUGAGCAUAGCCUGAAGGUAGGGAUAGGCAGUUCCUCUUGCUGCUCCGUAGGCAAGUACCAUGGUGUUGGUACAUUAGAGGUCAAACAAUGUUCAGGAGUAUGAAUGACAUUAGCAUUCACCCAGUCAAUGUAUGCUGUCUAAUGUUAUACAGGAAUAUUGCACACACACGUUAUAACAUCUUGAAGUUGUUACUUGUUUGUGUUGUCUUUGAAUAUUUUAGGUUUCAUUACUCUCUAAAAAUAUAUUCCUUUUCAUUUAUGAAACACAGCAUUGUCGUUUUGGGAUAAUAUUUUUUUUAAUGCAGCAACUAGGAUUGUUUUAAGAAUAUAGGAAAAUGCUUCUCAGCAGCAGAAGCACAUUUUGAGCAAUUGGUAAUAAAAGAUAAUGUAUGAAUGACAUGAACUGUCCUUAUAACACUUUUUAUUUGAAUCCACAUUGAUUUCUUUCCUUUGUCCUUCUCUCCCCUCAGAAUGAUUCCCCCCACGAGCAAAAACUUCCUAGUCAACAACCUGGCUGCUGGGACGUCGUACGACCUGUGUGUUCUGGCCAUCUACGACGACGGUAUCACCUCCCUCACCGCCACCCGCGUGGUGGGCUGCAUCCAGUUCACCACCGAGUCUGAGUACCUGCGCUGUCACUUCAUGCAGUCCCAGUUCCUGGGAGGCACCAUGAUCAUCAUCAUCGGCGGGAUCAUCGUUGCCUCCGUCCUCGUCUUCAUCAUCAUCCUCAUGAUCCGCUACAAGGUCUGCAACACCAGUGACUCAGGCAAAGGCACCCUGGUCACCAACGUCCACUCACAGACCAACGGGGCGCAGUCUCAGGGGUGUACCGUCAAUCCCUCUGUGUCCAAACAGGCCAUGGGAGGGUCAGAGGGAGGGGUCAGAGGGUGUCUAAAGGCCACUGGGCACGCGUCGGACACGCUGACGGACUCGUCUGAGACCUCUCUCCCAGACUGCUCCACUGCUACAUCCCUGGUGAGCCAGAGCUGGAACACGCCUGGCUCCUCAGGGUCUCUGAAGCCAAAGUGCAAGCCUGCGCCAAAGCCCUCCGCUGCUGCUUCUGUCACCCCUGAGCCCAAGAUAGAGGCCCUCCCCAACGCUGAGACACAGAACACCAACCGCAACAACUCCACCGCUCUGCAGCAGCCCCCCGCCCCGGUAUUCCACUCCACCCUACCCUACUCACGCAUUACGGACACGCCCAUAUUAAGACGCGCACACCCCAGACCAUCCUCCAAGUACCUGACCUUACCGGUGGAAGGGGUGAGGGCCAAACGUAGGUACUCUCUAAACGAGGACUCGUCCAAGCACCACUGCUACAUUGGGGCAACAAAACUUGGGAAUAUGUGGUCUAAGCGGAGUAUGUCGAUGAAUGGGAUGCUACUUCAACAGGAAAAUAUAGACAGUGGCAAGGCCACCUUUUCCAGUUCAGAGUGGAUUCUAGAAAGCACUGUGUGA